AGGGCAAAUGCCUCAAAUUCUUUGAUUCUUUUGGUAACGGCCAUUUAAAAAAAUUGAAGAGAAAAACAUGUUAUUGUGUUUUAGAUUGUUGUGAAUAAGUGUAGCUGACUUAAUGUGAUUUUUAAUAACUUACUUUAAAGUAUUUCGAAAUAAACGAAUUUAUAUCAAGAAAGGGAUACAAUGCACCCCAGUAGAAGACGAAAAAAGCGUCCAAAUUAUGGCAUUAGAACUGCAGAAGUAAUUCGGGGCCCUAAUGGAUUUGGCUUUACUAUAUCAGGGCAACAGCCGUGUAUUCUUUCAUGUAUAGUUGCUAAUUCACCAGCAGAUCAAGCUGGACUUCGGGCAGGAGAUUUUUUAAUUUCUGUUAAUGGUACCCCAGUUUCAAAAAGUACACAUGAUGCAGUAGUUAAUCUUAUAGGUAGCAGUAUUGGUCCUAUUAGAAUGACCAUUGCUGAAAAUUACUACUCAGAUAGUAGUGAUGAAGAAAAUGAGAUGCCUAGAUUAGUAAACAAUAGAAAACCAAGGUACCUACAUAAACCAAAAGGUCACAGGCACAAGUCAGAAGUAAAUAAAUGUACUGAUGACUUUAAAAUUAACAGUCCAGUAAAAAAGUUGUCAAAAAGCAAUGAUCAUGCAAAUGAUAGAUUUCAGCAAAACCAGUCUUGUGCCAGUGAAAGGAAUUCAACUGAACCAUAUUGUGAAUGGAAUGCAAACUUUUUAAAUAAGGUGAAUCUUCCACGGCCUGUUGCAAAUGAUUAUAAUGAAGGAGCUGUUGAGUACAAAGCUCUGGUUGGCUAUUUGGGGACAAUAGAGAUGCCAAAACAACUAUUACCUAAUUCUCGAUUACAAACUGUGUGUAGUUGCAUUAAAAAGCUUCGUCAAGAAAAAAGAACACCCACUUUAAUACUUAUGACAAUUUUACCAAGCUGUUUAACAUUAAAAAAUGCUUCCAAUCAAAUACUUGCUAUUUAUCCUUUAAAUCGUGUUGUUUAUAUUAGCUCAACCACUGACAAAGAUACCAGAUACUUUGGACUAGUUACAAGUGCAGUCUGUAAUAAUAACAGUACAGAAACAGUAAAUGAUGAAGCAGCAUUAUGUAAAGACUCAGUCAUGAACAAAGCUGAUAUAGAGAUUUCAAACAGUUGUCAUGUUUUCUUAACUGAUCCUAAAUUAGGAGAUCAUUGUGCCCAUUUACAGAAAGCAGACCAGUUUAAGAUAACUUGUACAAAAGAUGUUAUAACUGGAAAUUGUCUUGAGUUUCCAAGAAGUGCCCUUUACAUAGUGAGCCUAGUUCAAAAUCUCUACAAAUUACAAGAUUCUGUCAAUGAUAGAGCUAUAAUUAAUGGUCAUUUACAUCCAGGUGGUAGGCUGAAUGAUGACUUAUUACCUCUCGUAGCAAAUUCACCCCAACCUAGUGCAUCUAGUAAUUCAGAUUCUGGAAUUGGCUAUCGAGAUGACUGUGGUAAUGUAAGUGAUAGAAUUUUAAUAGUUGAAUUUCCAGUACCUAAAAAGUUACCUCUUGCAAGUAAUGUUAGCAAUAAUAAUAGGCCAUCAGCUAUAGAUGCCACAAGCAUUUGUUUAGAUGUUUUGGAUGACCCUCUAAAUAAUGGAAACACUGCCUCAUCUCAUAUAAAAGGUAUCAAUAGCAUAGAAAGCAUUAGAUGUAUUAACAAUAUUGAGGUUUCGAUGCCAGUAAAUAAUUUGGCCAAAAUUAUUAACACAGAGACUCAAGUAAAUGAAACUAAGAUUGAUGGUCAUUUUAGAGAAAACAUGUUAAAUAAUAUUAGAGCGUUGGAAGGGGGGUGUGGACAACAUCAAUUUACAGAUGAUAUAAAGGCUAAUAGCAAUAUUGAUGGAGCUCAGGAAAUUGAAACUUCUGAAUACAGAUUUGUGGCAGAUAAUGAAUAUUAUGAAGACUAUGAUUGUGAUUCAGCAAGCCGCUUUUCUGUAAGGGCUAUGCCAGAUCCAAAAACGUUUUCUAUGAAUAAUUUACAGAAUCAUGCAAAAUGUGGCAUGGAAUUCUAUUCUGAACGUGCUGUAGAUGUCCCUUUGGAUAAAAAAUCUUAUGAAAGUGUUUCAUUGCAUUCAGUAGAUGAAGAAUUGAGUUCAGUUGAAAAUGUUUCCGUUCACAGCUUGAGGACAACUGAUAAGAUCUUUAAAGUGCCUGAUUCAUUAUAUUUAUCCAAUAAAACGUACAACAGAAAUCAAUUAAAAAUUGUUGGAAGCUAUGAUACCCUUACUUCAGAUAAACAUAACAACUCAUUUAUGAAAUACAAACUUAGUCCAAAAGUGUACAGUACAUCAAAACAGAACUGUAGCUGCGAAGAAAUUAGCAAGUUGGAAACUGUUGAAAUGUGUAGUUACAGUAGUUUGCAAAAUUUAUGCAGCUGGAACAAUGGUGCUGAUGUUCGAUUCGACAGUAUGGCAAUGGACGAUGAAAAUGGUUUACGGAAGAACGAACGUCCAGAAGGACCAUCAGCGUGGGCAACUUCCUUCGAAAAACUUUUGGAAGAUACCGUGGGAUUACAAACUUUUGCUGCAUUCUUGAAGAAGGAGUUCAGUGCUGAGAACAUUUACUUUUGGACAGCGUGUGAACGUUAUCGUCGAAAUCCAUCGGUUUCCGAAAGGGCAACAGAGGCUCAGAAAAUAUACAAACGCCACCUGUGCCUCGGUGCCCCAGAGCCAGUGAAUGUUGACUCCCAGGGCAGGCAAAUAACGGAACAGUCUCUCCAGGAGGCUCGUUGUUCGCUCUUCGAUCAGGCGCAAAAGCAGAUAUUCAAUCUGAUGAAGUUCGAUAGUUAUCCACGUUUUCUCAAGUCCGACUUGUACAAGCAAUGUUUGGCCGGGAAUGCGGACGUCAAUUUUGACGAUGGUUUGUUGAUAUACCCCACGUCCGUCACGCCUACCAAGCUAAAGAAGUCGCUAAGUAACGCGGAAGACCGCAGGAGAAAAUCUCUGUUGCCGUGGCAUCGUAAAAAUCGAUCAAAGUCCAAGGAUCGAGGUGAAACCGAGUACAAUUUAAAAAAGGAUACAGGAACAUCAAACGAUCUGACUCAUCGCCUCGGUCGCAGCGAGAUUCAUAACAGCAAGACAUCCCUUAUAUCGCAGGAGUCUGGAAAAUUUUUACCUGACGACAGUAGCUUGACAUGUAGAAACCCUUUGUGUCGUGUAAUAUUAAAUAAUGGCAGCACCACCGUCGUGCAGAUCAAGAAAGACGAAACGAUACAAGAAUUAAUUAACAGAGUUUUAGAGAAACGUGGUAUUGUCUAUUCGUGUUAUGAAGUUUUUACUGAUAAGCAUUCCAAGCCUUUGGAUGUUCGUGAACCCUCCACAACUCUAUCUGGCUGUGAAGUGAAGAUUGAACAGAGGGUCAUUUUUAAACUCUAUUUACCCAAUAAAAAGGUCAUAGCUGUUAAGUCAAAAUAUACUAAAAUCCUGAUGGACGUUUUGAAGCCAAUAUUAUGUAAAUAUGACUAUAAAUUGGAUAAUGUUAAUAUAACAGUAGGAAAAGAUUUUGUUGACGUUUACCAGCCUGUUACUUCUGUUGAAGAAAAACGGUUAAUUGUUCAACUAAAAAAUGGACAAAUGAUGGAGCUUGGGCAAAAGAUUGACGAUAAACCAAAUAACAUUCCAUCUUUGGAGACAGUCACGAACAGAGUUUUCAAGGAUAUUUUAAACGAAAAAGGCGAUACCAGAUGUUCGAAACCUAAAUCAGAUCAAGGAUCGUUAAAAAGUGAUGGUUGGGGUUCUGAAAAUUCAUCGAGUAUAUUUGGUAAGCUUCUGAAGAAAGAACCAAGUGAAAUUUAUGAAAAAAGAAAAAAACAAAACGCGAUGUGUUCAAAAUCAGAACAAGUUCAUAGUUGUGAAGAUGAGUCAUAUGAAACCAACACCAUGAUAAAAAGACCGCUGAUUGCCAAAUGGAAGACUGGCGCUAAACUACAUCUUCCUAGUCCUGAAAGUGAUGUCUCUUUUUCAGAACUUUACGAAGGUCUAAAAAGGGCACAACGUUCUCGAUUGGAGGACCAAAGGGGAACAGAAAUCAAUUUUGAACUACCAGAUUUCUUGAAAGCCAAGACUAACGACCGCCUAGAUUUUUCUUCGAGUGUAAAACAAACUUCGGUUAAUACAAAAUUACAUAUUAAUAAUAACGGUGCUUUUAAUAAUAGUAACAAUAACAACAACAACAACAGUAAUAAUAAUAACAAAAAGCCAAAUAAUUUUCGAAUUUAUUCUCCCAACAAACUUUCACCAAGUAUCUCGUCAUCUCCUUUGAAAUGCAGCAAUGAAAAAUUGACGGAAGUUUCGGAAAAAUCGACGGAAUCUUUCUCAAACGCAAGUCCAAGACCCAGUGAGCCGCCCCCCUUGCCUCCAAAACCAAAAAUCGUACCUGCGAAACCGUCAAAUUGGGGUCAGAACGGUCUUGUGAAGUACAUCCAAAAAACGGACAACUCUAACUUAUAUUUGGAACAGCCAACAAGUAGUUUCGUUUAAAUCAUGGGAAUAAUUAGAUGGAAGGGGUUUGUCUAGUCACUGGUUUGCGGGAACAAAACAGGAGAUAUAGAUCUAGAUUAUAAUUAUUUUGAAAAUAUCGACAGAAAUAAGGUAUUUCUAAUAUUCCAUAAAUAAUUAUUAAUAAUUUAAUUAAAAUCAUAAAUUGGGAAGUACAA